AUGGGAGAAGAUUACCCUGGUUGCCGGAAUCUUAUCAGGACAGCGUUCGAAAGGAAGCAUGUUCCGAAAGAGGCACUGGAUAUCAUAAUUUCGUCUCUCAGCGACUCAUUCAUAAAGCAAUAUGACGUAUGCUUUAAGCGUUGGUGGAAUUUUUGUUUUAACAACGAUAUUCAAGCACUUCAAUUCUCCGUGCCGAAUGUGCUAUCGUUUCUUAGCAAUGAAUUUAAUAACGGUACGUCUUAUGGAACUAUUAAUAGUUUUCGAUCUGCGAUUGCUCUCCUUUAUGGACCGGAGCUUGGUACUAAUCAACAGAUUAAGCGGUUUAUUAAGGGAAUCGCGAGACUCCGGCCAUCUAUGCCGAAGUAUGAUUUCACGUGGGAUCCUAGCAUCGUUUUGAACUUCUUGGCUUCAUGGGGAUCUAAUGAAAUAUUAUCCUUAGAACAGUUGUCUUUAAAAUUGGCCACUUUAAUGGCGUUAGUAACGGGUCAUCGGUUUCAGACCCUCACAUUAAUAGAUGUCAGAAAUGUCGAAAAACGUGAUGAGAUUUUUGAAAUUAAGAUUCCAGAGAGAAUCAAGACUUCGGGCAUAGGAUGUCAACAACCGGUUCUUGCGAUUCCCUUUUAUACCCAAAAUGUAUUAAUUUGCCCAGCGACCACUCUAUCUAGUUACUUACGUCGAACUAGUGACUUAAGAACUUCACAUUAUAAGUUAUUUUUGUCAUUUAAGAAACCGCACGAAGCUGUUUCUACUCAGACGCUUAGCCGGUGGGUUAAAAAAGUUGUAACUAGCGCCGGUAUAAAUACCAAUUACUUUAGUGCGUAUACCACCCGCCAUGCAUCGACUUCAUGUGCGCGUCGAAGUGGUGUUAACAUCGACUUAAUUCUUAAGACGGCAGGUUGGUCUAAAAACUCACAAACGUUCGCAAGGUUUUAUAACCGUACUGUCAUACCAGACAAAGGUGUUUUUGGUACUUCUGUAUUGAAUGCUCAGGAUAAGUAA